AUGAGCAGCAUCAGCACAAUGGAAGAAAGGGAUUCAAUUCCUGUGGUCCUACCUGGGUUCAGAUUCUACCCCACUGAAGAGGUGCUGGUGAGCUACUACUUGAAGAAGAAGAUAGAGGGCAAGGACUCUAACUUCAGCCACAUCAUCCCUGAAAUCGAUGUCUGCAAGCACGAGCCUUGUGAUGUUCCUGCGUUCUUUGAAGAGGCAGACUUUCCAGAUCAAGAGAUGGAAUGGUUCUUCUUCAGCCAACCUGAUUAUAAGUACACCAACAGCACUCGCUGCAACAGGGCCACAGAUCAGGGCUUUUAUAAAAUCACAGGCAAGGUUCGUGAGAUCAAGGCUCGACGAUCCAAAGUUGUGAUUGGUAAGAAGAGGACCUUGACUUUCUACGAAGGCCGUGUGCCCAAAGCAAAGAAGACCAACUGGAUCAUGCAUGAGUAUUAUCUCACCAACACUGAACUGGCCCAACUUGGUCCUAAUACCAAUCAACAGAAGGACUUUGUUCUCUGCCGCCUGAAGAAUAAGUCAGCUAAUUAUAAGAAGCUGAAGGAUGAUUCAAUCUGUGAUGAAUUAGCUGAUACUGGUUCUGGUGGCGGCAUUGCCUCUAAUUCUGAAGAUGAUCAAGCUGCAGGAGCCGAUAUGAUUUCAGAGCCAUUAGAACAUCUGGCCUCCCAAGAGGUAGGAGAUGUUCUGAAUGGUAAUGGUUCUGGUCUGAUAGAAAACAAUGAUAUUUCAAUCUGUGAUGAUGAUCAAAUUGAUGCCUGGAUUUUCUCCGAUUUCGAUAGUCAAGCUGCAUAUGAUUUGCUUCAAGAGCAGUAUUAUGCUGAGCCAGGAGAAAAUCUGGAUUCACCCCUUCCUCCACCACAGCCACCUCAGCCACCUCUGCCACAGGAUUACUGCUUCUCCACACAGCAGUCACCAUUAUACACAAAUCAGGGAAAUGUUCCUUAUGUCUAUGAUGCUGACUGCAAUAGGCAGCAAUCUCCGAUUGGGGAUAGGAAUUCUUAUCUUACACAUAAGAAUAAUAUAUCAAUGAAUAAUCAAAUUGAACCAGUGAGCAACAUUACUUAUGGUGUCCAAAAUCGAGCUACAGGUGGAAGUAAUUCAGAGGUUUAUAAUAAUUCAACCAAUGAUUUCGAGGAACCAGUUAGCAACAUCACUUAUAAUUGUAACAAUGGAGCUCCAGAUGAAAGGAUUUUAGAGGCUGUUAAAUUUCAGGGCGACGGGCCAGAAGAAAAUCCGGGAUCACCCUUUGAUCCAUUUCAGCUACUGGAUUUCACACUGCUGUCACCAAUGAACUCAGAACUGGGAGAUUUUGAGCAUGGCAAUAAACUAUGUUGGCAUGCAAUGAGUUGUAAUCUCUGA